UACACAGAGCCUGCAGGAGGUGGCAGAAGCAGGGAGGGAGGUCUGCUGGGAACAGCACACAGAUAUUCAGCAAGUCAGAGUCCCACAUCCUUUGGGCCUGCAGCCAAGCUGCCUAGUCCCCCCCAGGGGAUCCAAGAAACAUGUGACACCAAAGCAGCCACUGGGCCUCCUGGGGAACGGACCCCUUCUGUCACAGCUGCUGCUGCUGCUGGUGGUGACAUUUCACUGGGUCCUGGCUUUAAAGUCUCUGCAGGGUCUGGGAAGGUGGGGGCUGAAGUAUUGAGGCCAGUAUUGAGAGAGCCAGAGUGGGGUAGCCGAGCUGGAGCAGGCAGCCGAGCCUGUUCGGAGUCUUCAGCUGAGGUAGCUGAACGUGGGGGACCGAGGAGGAGCUGCAGAAGCUUGGAAGCUCAGGCUUGCAGAGCACUGCUCACCUUCUCCCAGAUGUCCAGCAAGGUGGCCACUGGCAGUGACAUCGGACAGGCCCGCCGGGCAGUGGAGCAGCUGCGGAUGGAGGCAGGCAUCAACCGCAUAAAGGUGAGGAUUGGGCAGGUGUGCAGUGGGCACAGCUGGGCAAGGGAGCAAGUGGACACCCAGAUGUGGCUGACGUGGUUGGUUUGCAGGUCUAAGGCAGCCACAGAUCUACUGCAGUUCUGCACGGAGCAGGCCAAGAGCGACCCCUUCCUUGUGGGCAUCCCUGCUGCCACCAACCCCUUCAAGGAAAAGAAGCCUUGUGCUAUCCUAUGAACCCAGCAAUAAUGCUGCCCCUAUGACCCUGGCUACCACAGGAAGGCCUCAAUAAACACGACUGCUCCUGUGUUA